AAGUUAAAAAAUGCAGUUUAGUACUUGCUAAAGUUUCCUAGUGGAGUAAGUACAAAAUGAUAGCACUAAAAUUUUUGAUUCUUGCCGCUUUGAUCACGCUGGCGGUAGCUCCUUUGCCCCACCAUCAUCAUCACAUCUUGGACUUCGGCCACUUCGUGAGGUCUGUUCUGAAGACCACACCCAAACCCUGGUGGCCCGUGUGGAAGACCAAAGCUGCGGCAUUAGGAGUUCCUCAUGUUUUUAAGGCGGCAGAACUUCCUCUGAUACCUUUAGCAUUCCUGGCCAAAGGUUGUGUUAAAAGUGUAGCGCAUGUAGCACACGCCGGUAGCAUUUUAUUGGGACUUUCUAAACUUGCAUUUCCGCUUCAUUUGACAAUUGCUAUUCAUAGCAUCAUUGGUCUGUCAAAAGCACUCGGGAUAAUAGUUGGAGUUGCAUUACCUGCAUUGGGUGCUAUAAUUGGAUCAAUCGCUAUAGCCGCUUUCAAGAUACUACUUUGUGUCAGCGGACAUGGAAAAUUACCAGUAUCAGGCUUAUCACCUGUGUGUCACAAAGAUUUCGGGAAGGAAUUCGGUUGCAGCCCCUACACUGGUGGGCACAAGACACCGCUGGACAUCAUAGAUCAUUACCACCUUGGAGACUGUGCUAAUCAAAUAAACCAGUUAGUUCACAAGACUUCUCAUGGAAAAGGACUUACAGGAUUACAUCCAUCUAUCCAGACUAUUAUAAAAAUAGUGAAAGACGUUACCAAGUUAUUCAGUCAUGACGCUAAACACAUAUGGGCGUGGAAGGAUAUAGAACAUGUAGUUGUUGCAUUGGCAUCUAUCCUUGGUGUUAUUGGUAACAGCUACAGUUGCACUGAUGGCUAUGGACCUGACCUUGUUGAAGGAAUAAUCGACUACCUCACGCCUAUCUUCAAGAUUUGCGGACUGGACGUAGCAUGCCAUGAAAAUGAUAUCAAAGAUGUCAUAAAGAAUUGUGGUAGAUACCAAUUCGGUGGAGCUCUGAAAAAUUGUGAAGAUGAUAAAGGUGGUAACGGUGAUGAAGGUGAUGAAGACUGUGAUGAUGAAAACGGCGGUAACGGCAACACUGGUGAAGAUUGUGAAGAUGGGAGUGAUGAAAAUACCGGUAAUACCGGUAAUGAGGAUUGCGAUGAGGAAAAUAAAGGGGAUAAUGGAAAAGAAAAUACAGAAGAUGGCGACUGUGACUGAAAUGCCCGUUUAUGAUUCGUUAUUUCUAUAAAAAUAUAAUCAAAAUGCUAUCAAUACAUAUUAUAAUAAAACAUAAAUAUAAAAUACAUAUAAUAAAACAGUAAAAUAUUUUUAAAUUUAAAAAAAAAAAAAUAGUAACCGAGCAUGAAUUUGAAAAAAAGAAGUCUGUGUGUUUGUUUAUACACGCUAAUCUCCGGAACUACUGGACGGAUUUGAAUGAAACUUUUUUUAUUGUAUAGCUCUUAUUCCUGGCCAACAUAUAGCGUAUAAUUUAUUUUGGAACCUGGUACAGCUGAUAUCGAACCAUAACAACUCAGCUAAACUAUAGGAAAUAUCAAAAUGACGUCUUAACAAAAGUUGUUCAACCUGAUGAGCGUUUUCUCAUGAGGAUUGAACCCGGGGACUAUUAGAUUCAGUGCCGAGAAUCGCACAACUGUGACAGACAGUACGUCCGUCGUCAUUUAGGCAAUAGGCAACAUAAUUACUUCGCUAUUUCUGAAUUUCACUAACAUAUUACUAUGUUAUUUAAAUAUAAUAGCCGUGUGGUUCCCGGCACCAAUACAAAAAAGAUAUAGGACCACUCCAUCUCUUUCCCAUGGAUAUCGUAAAAGGCGACUAAGGGAUAGGCUUACAAAAUUGGGAUUCUUUUUUAGGCGAUGCGCUAGCAACCUGUCACUAUUUGAAUCUCAAUUCUAUCAUUUAGCCAAAUAGCUGAACGUGGCCAUUCAGUCUUUUCAAGACUGUUGGCUCUAUUUACCCCGCAAGGGAUAUAGACUUGAUUAUAUGUAUAUGUAUAUGUGUUAUUUAAAUUUCAAUUAAAUCAAAUAAUCAUAAAAAUGUAUUUCUCUCGUCCACAUUUCUAUUCUAAGUUUGGAUAAUUGUGAAGUUGACAUUAUUGAAUAAAAUGUUGCAGUGCAGUUUGUUACCGCUUCUGCACUGACGGUUCGGAAGCGGCAGUAAACUUAGUGUUUUAAGUUAUUUAUUUGACGUCAACCAAUGUUGUAGAACCAAAUAUAUGACAAUUAUUAAGUGAUGUUUGAAAUGUCCUAUAUCUAAAGGUACUAAUUAUUAUAAAGCUGAAGAGUUUGUUUGUUUGAACGCACUAAUCUCAGGAACGACUGGUGCGAAUUGAAAAAUUCUUUUUGUGUUGAAUAUCACACUGCAACUAUAAGGAGCAAAAAAAUAAUGGAAAAUGUAAAAAAAAAACGAGGAAAACCAUUCAUCCUUAAGGGCUUCAGAGAUGCCCAAAAACCAUUCCACGCGGACGAAGUCGCGGACACAGUUAGUAAUGAAUAAAAAAAAAUGAUUUUGCAAUUGAACUAAUUACUCUGGAAAGAGUAAUGGCAGUGGAAUUCAGAGACGUACAAAGAAAUUAUUUAAAAAUAAAACCACUAUAAAAAUGAAUGUUUGCUUUAUUUACGAGUAAAUUAUGACUGUACACUCUUUAGUCCCUGGAUCGUAUUAGGUAGGUGUACUUGUCUGCCUGUAAACAAAAACAAAUCUAUACAUAUAAUAAAUCUGUAGAAGGGUCAAUUCUGUACAUUAAAAAUAUUGAAAAAAUAAAUAGCAGGGGGUGUUACUGGAUCGAUACUGGAUCGAUACCAAACCCAAAUAUGUUAUUCAAAAUUUUUUUGUCUGUCUGUCUGUAUGUUGAGCCAUCACGUGAAAACUAACGGUUCGAUUUCGAUGAAACUUGGUAUAAUUAUACCUUAUUAUCCUGGGCAUAAAAUGGGAUAUUUCAUAUUCUGAAAAAAAUCGUAGAAAAAAAUUCUUAAAUUUUCAGUUUAAGCGAUCUUCUCUCACUAAAACAUCGAAAUAUGCUAGGCAAAGCCUAGUAGUAUUUGGGUCCAAUAGAUAUUUAUAAGAGUCAUUGUCCGAGUUACUCAAAAUGGGGAAAUAAACCAUCCACGCGAAGACCGACAUCCGCGCGGACGGAAUCGUGGGCGGAAGCUCGUAUAUAAAUAUAAAUAUUCGAGAGCCGCGUGGUUCUAGGCAUCAAUAGAAAAAUGAAUAGGACCACUCCGUCUCAAUUCUAUCAUUAAGCCAAAUAGCUGAACGUGGCCAAUCGGUCUUUUCAAGACUGUUGGCUCUGUCUACCCCGCAAGGGAUAGGUAUA